CUCUCGCUCCUCUUUUAUUAACCCCACCCUACCGAAUAACAAAAAUCCAAACUGGAGGCAAAGCUUCGAAGGAACUGUUUUAACACCUCUCUCUCUCUCUCUCUCUCUCUCUCUCUGUCUCGAACUUUCUCCAGACGACGCCGUCUCAUAGCCUCCCGUCCAUAUAUUAAGGGUAAAGGUCAAUUCACCUGGUAUGGGGGAUAGUGAAACAGUCAUUGCGGAAGCUUCUCCUGUGGCAGCCUAUUCCUCUGUGGGGUACACAUCCACUGCCUAUGGUGAUGCAAACUCUAAUAUUUCCAAUACUAUUUCAUUUUCUUCUGAGGCUACUGCAGACUUUACUGCAUGUGCAGCUCCAGCUGAUGCAACUAAUACAGUUGCUAGUAUAGGUGAAGGAAAUACCUACAAUCUUGAUCACAAUUCUGCAUUCCAAGAACCUUAUGUUGGUAUGGAAACCCCAAGUAAGCCGAACACAGAGAACGUUGUUGCUACUGAAGGUGCAGCAAUGGAUUCAUCCAAAGCUGCUGGUUAUGAGUCGACUGUAAAUGGUAAUAUUGUCAGUGAAAUGGGAAAUGUAAUGCUGAUCGAAAAUGGAAAUGCCACAGAUAACUUGACUGGAGUUUCUGCUGCAACUGGGUAUGCAGAUGGUGCUGAGGCAGCUCUGUCAGGUGAAGAGGAUAGGUUGUGGAGCAUUGUGAGGGCUAAUUCUCUAGAUUUUAAUGCAUGGACUGCUUUGAUUGAAGAGACAGAAAAGUUGGCUGAGGACAACAUAUUGAAAAUCCGAAAGAUUUAUGAUGCAUUUUUAGCCGAAUUUCCUUUGUGUUAUGGUUACUGGAAAAAGUAUGCCGACCAUGAGGCACGUGUUGGUGCUAUGGACAAAGUUGUGGAGGUUUAUGAGAGAGCAGUUCAAGGGGUGACGUAUUCAGUGGACAUUUGGUUACAUUAUUGCGUGUUUGCCAUUAACACAUAUGGAGAUCCAGACACAAUUAGAAGGUAAUAGCUGCUCAUGUAUCCAUUAUUGCUGUUGGUCUGAGUCAGGAAACCAUGAUUGUUUGAUUUCCAUAGUCACAACGAUCCCGUGAUUUUUUUCUUUUUGCUUUCUAACAUUAUUUCAGUAUUCGUGCAACAGUGAUUCUUCUCAUUUAUGGCGGAAAGGUUUGAAAGGAAUGCACUUAGAAAUGCUUUUUAUGAUUUGGAACCCUUGAUAAGGCUACUGUUGAGUAGCUGUUCAAUUUGUUUUAAAACUUAUUUUCUGACCUCAUUAUAGACCUUACUUUCUCGCUCCCCUUCUCUGAAAGUCUGUGUCAUAGUCACAUAGUUAUUCAUGAGCAUUGCCUGUCUUUAACUUUGACAAUCUGAAGUGCAUCAAUAUCCAAAAUGCUGCCGGGAAGAUCUUCGUCCAGAUAAGGGCUAAGAUGGCCUCUAUCACUGCUUCAUUUCGGACUAGUAUGAAUUUUAUCGGGAAGGUAAAUGCAGCAUUUGGAAGUGUCAUCAUAUGCUGUUAGAAUCCUUCAACAUUUGUGCUCCGAUCUCCCAUAUU